ACAGCCGAGAACGCUUCCCGCCGGCGCGCUUUCGGUUUCCAAUCCGGUCCGGUAGUCUUGUAUAUGAGGGGAGGGCGGCCCUCGCCCGGCCAGAAGCUGCUCCCGGCUGCAGCGAUCAUGUCCGGCAGAGGGAAGGGCGGAAAGGGCCUCGGCAAAGGGGGCGCCAAGCGCCACCGCAAGGUCUUGAGAGACAACAUCCAAGGCAUCACCAAGCCGGCGAUCCGGCGUCUAGCUCGGCGUGGCGGCGUGAAGCGGAUCUCCGGGCUGAUCUACGAGGAGACCCGCGGCGUGCUGAAGGUGUUCCUGGAGAACGUGAUCCGGGACGCCGUCACCUACACGGAGCACGCCAAGCGCAAGACCGUCACGGCCAUGGACGUGGUGUACGCGCUCAAGCGCCAGGGCCGCACCCUCUACGGCUUCGGAGGCUAGGCCGCCGCGCCGCCUCUGCACGGUGCCAUCCCAAAGGCCCUUUUCAGGGCCGACCACUUGCUCAUCUGAGGAGCUGAGCGCUUGACUCAAGUACCGCAGGAACUAGGCUGGAACGUGGCAUUGUCGGUGGGGAGGCGAUCGGAUCUCAGGUUCACAGAAAGCUGCUGUCAUAAAACUCGCAGCCUUAAAGGACUUCGGUGCUUCACCUUUUGCUUGUCUGACCUGAUUUUACCCUUUAUCGAUGCGAAGCGGUGAACGUGCUCUCGGUUUCAGCGCUGCUCUCUCGGUUCGCUCUGGUGCACUGCAGGCACACCUAGGGGGACACGUCAUUUGCGCUGGCAAUUUAAACGUCCCUUGCUGUGGAAUCUCACUAUUCGCUCAGGCAAACUGGGGAAAGUGCCUUAGAUCUCACAGUCCAGAGAUGCCGGCUCUCACCCGAUAACGUUCAGGUUUCGUCAAUUCACCUUUUUGGCCUUCAUUUUCCCCUCUGCAUGACCAGCGGGUGGACUACGUGCCUUAGUGUAAGGGUCCAUUCAUGUUACAUGAUGUCUUAAGACACGCACUCGACUCACUUCAAAUAAAAGUGCGAGUUUGCAGAACCCAAUCUAAUUAUCUUUGCACAGCUGAAAAGCGCGCUUCUGGCAAGUUAGUGCCCAGUGCCUGAAAAGGAUCAUUUCCUACGUUUAAGGAAAAGGCCCCUUAACUUAAUCAAGGACCUGUGAAAUGACCGUCUCAGUUGUGGCAUUGCACGGAUAUAAAUGCAGAGACAUUUUAAUGUGAUCCUUCUAUAAAAGUGACUCAAGGAUAUGAUCUUCAAGCAACUUCAAGAAACAGGUCAUCCAGGUAUGUGACUUCCACCUCUUAGGGCCUGUUGUAGCUAAGAAUGAGACCUGCAGAAACGUGCCCACCAUCAAUACAGAAAGCACAAUUCAAUUUUGAUAAGGUAAAAGACAAUUACCCUAAAUCAGCAUGGCCUAGAUCACAGAAAGCUGUUCUCUGCAAUUCUACACUAUCACCUCUAGGUUGCCUUAAUUUGGAUUGAAAUGAGGGUUCACGUUUUGCAGCCGUUGCAUUACCCGUAAGUUUAUAUAUUUAUUUAUUUAUUCACUUAAUUCAUUAUUAUUAUUAUUUGCAUUCUAGGCUUAUGGUUUUACAGCAAAAUUGGACUGUAUGUAUAUGAGAGAAUAAAAUCUGUCAGCUC